CCCGCUUCUUUUUGAAAAACUUUAUCAAAAAAAGUUUUCAUUAAAAGAGUUUAUUCAAAAUGUAUUCCUUUUAACGAUUAUGCAAAUUGUAUCAACCGAACACCGUGCUUUUGCUUGGGCAGUAGGUGCUAAACGCGCUGAAGAUGCUGAA